UUUGGUAAAUAUUGAUUUUUCAGCGCCCCCACAAGACAUAUCUGUUGAAGACGAAGCGCAUACAUAUUUUCGCAUUGGAAAAACACAAGUCGAAGGGUAAAUCCUCAAAGACCAAGUGAAGGAUACACGCAACAGCUCCCAGUAUCCGGCGGCAGCAUUAGCAUCCCAGCAUCCACCAUAGGUCUCGCGGAGACAGCCGUCCUGGACAUAAUGGCUGCGAAUCUGCAACAGCAGCGCUCCAUCAACCUGCAGCUGCGCCGGGAGGUGGAGAUGGAGCGGAUGCCCGUCUCGGAGGCCUGCUCCCUGAUGAUGCAGUACAUGCUGGAGCACGAGGAGGAGGACUGCCUGCUCAGCGGCUUCACCCAGAAGGUGAAUCCGUUCCGCGAGAAGAGCUCCUGCAGCAUCCUGUAG